AGUGGUUGGAGAAGAAAGUAUUGAAUGUGUAAGACGUUACAGGUCACUGAGAGCUCCAGGCAGCGUCCAGAGAAGAGAAAAAAAGAACCAAAGCAGGAGAAACAACUCCACUACCUCUACGCCCUCCACUACUAGCAAAGAAAAACAGGAUGACAAGCUCAGAACAGAAUUCAAUGACGUGGAAUUGUCGCUUGUUGGACUUCAGCAGCAAAAAGCGGCUGCGGUGAGGCUGGUGGAGAGACUGAGGGAGGAGGUGGAGGAAGCAGAGAGAGAGAGACACACACUGCAGCUCAGUGUAACUCAAACCAGAACUCACGCUCAGCUCCUCCGGAGUGAGCUACACAAACUCCAGGCUCAGAGGGACUUGAGUGUGAAGGAGUUCAGAGCUCUACAGGAGGACCAGGCUGCCUUACAGAGACACACAACCGCUUGUUACUACGCCUCCAGUCCUCACCAGCGUAUGAACAGCAGCUGCGUGUCUGUGUUGGAGAGGGAGGAGAUGGAACGUCUGCUGGACAGCACCAAAUCAGAGCUGUUCUCAGAACAACGGCGGUUCAGGAAAAAACUGGACUCCAUGCAGGAGAGACUAGAGGAGGUGACUCAGGAGCUGGAGCAGAGGGAGGAGGAGAGCAGGAGCCUCAGAGAGAAAUGCUCUGAGCUGGAGGAGAAACUGACUGCAGCCAUGAAACACAGAGAUGAGCUACAGCAAUCUGUACAGAGUGAACGAGUGGAGCAGGAGGACAGGCUGGGGGCUCUGGAGAAGAUCAUUGCCCAGAAGGAGCUGCUUCUGCUGGGCAUACAGGAGGAGAAGAGCUCCCUUCAGAUGGAGCUCACUGCCAUCAGAGAGGAGAACAGGGCUAAGCUCACAGCAGCACUGACACAAGCACAGAAAGAAAAGGAGGAGGAAGUUGAGCGGCUGAAGGUUCAGUUGACUCAGAGUCAUGAGCACGAGCUACAGAUGGUUCGUUCUCAGGGGCAUGAGGCCAGAGCAGCAGCACUCAGAGAGCAAGCUCUUACCCACACGCGCAACACUGAGUCCUUACACAGCUGCAUUCAGAUGAAGGAGCAGGAGGUGAAGAGACUGCAGGAGUCUGUUAAGCAACAGCAGGAGGUGCUGAGGAGGCGAGAGGAGGAGCUGAGAGGAGAGGCAAAGGAACAGGUGCAGAAGGCAGUGGAGCGAGAGCAGGAUAAGUUUGAGGAGCAGAUGCAGGACUUGGAGAGGAGGUGGAGAGCAGACGUGGAGAGAGAGAGGAGGAAUGCGUUGGCUCUACAGAACAAAGUUGUGGAGCUGCAGACGCGGGUAGAAGAGUUGGAGAGUGAAGCGUCUGUGCAGACGGCGAGGCUCAGAGCUCUGAGAGACGAGCACCAGGCGGAGUUACAGACACUGCACAGGCAGCUAAAACAGGAGGCUGAUAGUGAGACUGCACGUCUGAAACAAAGUGUGAAACGAUCAGAGAAGCAGCUCCAGGGCCUGAAAUCGGCACUUGCUGAGUGUGAGCGGGUCCACCAGGUGGCAGCAGAGAGACAGGAGCGGCAGAACUCAGGCUGGGUUCAGGACAUACACACGGAGUGCGUGUGUCUACAGGAGCUGCUCACACACAAUGGUCUGAGUGUGGAUACCAAACACCUCUCACACAGCGCUACAGUGAGUGAGGCUGUGCAGGUGCUGCAGUCUCUCAGAAAACCUCUCCAGCAGCUCAUCAUCAGCCUGCAGAACCGCAUCAGCUCACUCACUCACACCAACCAGCAGAUCAGCGCAGAGAAGGCAGCGGUAACUCCUCGGACCGCCAUUCAGUACAUUGACGUCUCUGAGCCACCCCAACCCCAACGUGCAGAAUCACUCCCCCCUUUCUCACGGGUUUCCUCUCUGCACUUGGGUCCGCCUCCCUGCCGUCCUGAGCUGGAGCUGCGUCUGCAGAGGGACCAGUUGACGGUGGAGAAGGAGAGAGCUCUGAAUGCAUUAAAGGAAAAACUCAUACAGGUGUGA